AUGGUUCAGACACGCAAUGUUCUCCUCUCAGCUCUGCCUAUGGCAGCUGCUUACCCAUGGGCCAUGGACGCAAGCGCCAACCUCGAGAAGCGCGUCGAGCCUGGUCCACGGCAACCGACCUUCCUGUCAGGUCGCCCAAACACCUCUCAGCCACCAGCGGGGUUCAAUGCACAAGAUCAGUUUGUGGACGUGAGGCAAGGGAGCGGCAAUGAAUUUCAAUCUCCAGGCCCAGGUGAUAUUCGAGGACAAUGUCCCGGCCUCAACGCAGCUGCCAACCACAACUUCAUCCCUCGCAAUGGUCUUCUCACUACCUCGCAGACUACCACUGGUCUUUUCAAGGCUUUUGGCAUGUCGCCAGACCUCGCCAUCUUCCUGGCCGUACUUUCCAUCGCCAUCUCUGGCGACCCAGUUGCAGGCACCUGGUCAAUUGGAGGAGCAUACAAGUCAGCAAUCCCCCUUCUGACCGGAACACCCACCGGUAUCGCUGGUACCCACAACCAGUACGAGUCCGAUGCAUCCAUCGUUCGCGGUGAUGCCUACCUCAACAACGGCAACGUUGGCGUCUUCCAGAUGCGCUCAUGGGAGCACCUCUACGCUCUCGGUGAGGAGUACACACUGGACAUGGUUGCUGCGCAGUCCGACUACGUCACCCGAUGGUCCAAGGCCAACAACCCAUACUUCUUCCAGGCUCCAUUCGCCGGUCUGGUCUCACCAGCUGCCCACGACUUCGUCAUUAACUUUAUGUCGAACCGCUCCGCCGAGAACCCAGGUGGCGUCCUUAACCGCGAUGUUCUCAAGCAAUACUUUGCCGUCACCGGCGAGCCCGGUAGCUUCGUCCACAAUCGUGGACAAGAGCGCAUCCCAGAGAACUGGUACAAGCGUCCUACUGCCAACGCCUACAACCUUCCAGAGGUUGUUGCAGACGUCCUCGUCAACAAUGCCAUGUACCCCGGUAUCGUCGGAUUUGGCGGUAACACUGGCAAGGUCGACAGCUAUGCUGGUGUCGAACUCACUGACCUCACUGGUGGUCUUUUCAACCUUGCCAACCUCGCGGAGGGCAACAACGGUGCAUGCUUUUUCUUGCAGGCUUCGCAGCAGGCUGUGCCUGAUGCGCUUGACCCUGCGCUUGGUGCCGUUGGAUCUGUUGCCGGCUGGUUGGCGCAGCAGUUGGGUCCUAUCAGCGAUAACCUUGGAUGCGCGCAGCUCACUACCUUCAACUCCGCGUUCUUCAAGCAGUUCCCUGGUGCGAGCUACAAGGCAGAGGGUCAGUCGAACCAGAGCGGCGGCCUGCUCGGUGGUAUCUUGGGUUAG